AUGGGCAUGGAAAACGCCUCGUCAUCUUCUACUGCCCAAUGGAAAUAUGAUGUCUUCAUCAGUUUCAGAGGAAAGGACACCCGCAACAAUUUUAUGGAUCAUCUAUAUAAUGCUUUGAUAGUGAAAGGCAUUAACACUUUUAGAGAUGAUGAGAAACUUGAGAGAGGAAAAUCCAUUUCACUAGAGUUGUUGAAAGCGAUAGAAAAGUCGAGAUUUACUGUUGUCAUUCUCUCAAAAGACUAUGCAUCUUCACAUUGGUGCUUAGAUGAACUUGCAAAAAUCAUUGCUUGCAAGGAAGACAUGGGAAUGAUAGUUUUGCCUGUUUUUCACUAUGUGGAGCCAUCUUAUGUACGGAAACAAAUGGGAACUUUUGCGCAGGCAUUUAUUAAACAUGAAGAGAAGGAGGAAGAAACAAGGGUGGAUAAAUGGAGAGAUGCUUUGAGACAAGUGGGCAACCUCCCCGGAUGGCAUUUAAAGGAUACUAGGCCUGAGUCACAAGUUAUCCAAGAAAUCGUGGGUUGGAUAUCGCUCAACUUGAAAUAUGAAGCAUUCCCAUGUAUUACCGAGGACCUAGUAGGGAUACAUUCUCGACUGGUAGAAUUGGAGUCAUGUUUAGCUCUAGAUUCAAAAGAUGUCCUCUUUAUAGGGAUUUGGGGGAUGGGAGGGAUGGAGGAGUAUGAUGGAGUUCUCAAGAUCAAGAAUAGGUUAUGUCGUAAAAGAGUUAUUCUUGUUCUUGAUGAUGUACAUGAAGUGAAACAGUUAAGAAUGUUAGCAGGGGAGUGUAAUUGGUUUGGUCCGGGUAGUAGAAUUAUCAUAACAACAAGAGAUGCGCAUGUGCUUAAAGCACAUCGAGUAAAUGAAAUAUAUGAAGUUAAAGGAUUGAAUGAUGAAAAUGCUCUUCAACUUUUUUGCUUGAAAGCUUUUGAAAAAAAGCAUGUCCUUGAUGAUUAUAUAGAGUUGUCUAACCAUUUUUUGAAUUAUGCUAGUGGCCUUCCUUUAGCUCUUGAGGUUUUGGGUUCCUUUUUGUUUGGAAAAAGUACUGUUGAAUGGAAAACUGAAUUAGAGAAACUCCAAGAAUAUCCCGACGAAGAAAUUCUCCAAGUACUUAAAAUAAGUUUUAAUGGACUCCAAAAACCACAGAGGGAAAUAUUCUUGCAUAUUGCAUGCUUUUUUAAUAAUCAAAAGAAAGAUUAUGUAUUAGAAAUACUAGAUAUUCUGGGCCUUUACCCUAUUAUUGGAUUGAAGGAACUCACUGAUAAGUCUCUCUUGAAAAUUAUGGAUAAUGAUGUAGUGUGGAUGCAUGAUUUACUUGGAGAAAUGGGCAGGAACAUAGUUCGUCAAGAGUGCCUUGAUCCUGGGAAGCGUAGUAGACUAUGGGAUUAUAAGGACAUUAACAAAGUGUUAAAAAAAAAUAAGGGGACAGAAGCACUUAAAGCCAUGGAUAUUGCGAGUACUUGUAAUGAACAACAAGAUGGACGUUGGAACCCUGAGGCCUUUUUGAAGAUGGAUAAUCUUAAAUUUCUUAGAAUUUAUGGCACUUUCUAUGUCCCCACACACCUUCCUAAUGAUUUAAUAAUUCUUGAUUGGAUUUCGUAUCCUUCAAAAUCUUUGCCAUCAAGUUUCCAGCUAGAUGAGCUUGUUCAACUUUGCUUGCAACAAAGCCAAAUUCAACAACUUUGGACAGGAAUAAAGAAUUUUGACAAGUUGAAGUUCAUUGACUUGAGCGACUCCAUGGACUUGUUUAUAACUCCAGACUUCACUGGAGUCCCAAAUCUUGAGAAAUUAGUUCUUGUAAGGUGUACAAAUUUACGCGAGAUUCACCCAUCUAUUGGAAUUCUUAAAAAACUUAUUUAUCUUAAUUUACAAGAUUGUGAAAGACUAAUUCGUCUUCCAAGCAAGUUUGGAAUGGAGUCUCUUGUGACUCUUGAAAUUUCUAAUUGCCCAAAACUCAAGACAAUUCCCAAAUUUGUGGCAAACCCGAAAUUCUUACAGGAGCUUUCUUUGGAUCGCACUGCUAUUGUGGAUCUAAUUAAAAACUUGCCAGAGAACCUAUGGAUAAUCAAAGGCCUAGAGAUACUUGAUUUGAGCAAAGCAGAUAUAGAAGAGCUGCCUUCAUCAAUUGAACGUUUGACUGACCUUACCUCAUUAACUCUAAGAUAUUGUGAGAAUCUUGUGAGCCUUCCUAACACCAUUUGUAAUUUGAAGUUGCUUAAGUCUCUUGAUCUUUUUGGAUGCUUAAAAUUUCGUAACUUGCCAAAGAACAUAGAAAAUGUAAAAGGUUUGGAGUUGCUUAAUUUGUGUUGGACAGCCAUAAGGGACGUUCCUUCUUCCAUUGCCCUGCUUAAAAAUCUCAAACAUCUAUAUAUCUGUAGAUGGAAUUCAUCUGAAUCUUAUUCCCUGCCAACAAGUCUUGAGCUACUAGGCUUAGUAUUUCCUUCAUUAAUUUCAGCAAGUCAUGUGAAUCCCAUAAUAUCGGCGCAUCAGAUGAGCUCAGAACGUGGUUCCCCGCAACCUCUUCAAUUAUUAUUGCCUUCCUUAUCAGGUCUUCAAUCUUUAACAUAUUUGCAUCUUAGUGACUGCUCUCUUCUGUCAAUCCCCAGUGACAUUGGCUGCUUGUCCUCUUUGGAACACUUAAAUCUAAGUGGAAAUGAUUUUGUUUCCCUUCCUGAAAGCAUGUCUCAACUGUCUAAUCUUCGAAGACUCUAUUUGGAGGGUUGCAAGAAGCUUUGGUUAUUGGAAAAUAUUCCAUCAACUAUUGAUUCAGUAAUUGCAAACAAUUGUACUUCAUUGAUGAGAUUGCCAGAACUGCAAUUUUAUACUUUUAAGUCAGAUCUCUCCCAUUUGAAUUUCCAGUGUGUUAACUGCUUAAGAUUGGCUAUUUAUAUUGAAAGAAGCGAUAGCAUGCUUCAGGGGCAAAGUGGUAAACUACCAGACAUCUUUGACAUUAUUAUUCCUGAAAAUUACUUUCCUGAAGUUUGCUUUUCAGAAAGGUUUGAACAUGAAUCUGUAAGUCAUGAAUUGAAGGUACAAGUGCCUUAUGGGCGUCAUGAAUGGAUGGGAAUUGAGUUGUGCGUUUGUUUUUCAGUCGCAGAGGCUUCUAAAGAUUUUCUACUUACAUGUUGGAUUAAAGUCAAUGGAUUUGAAAGCGCAUCACCAAUACGCUCUUCUUUUAGGGCAAACUAUGGUAGAGUUAGUUCACGUCACUUUUGGCAGCUCUAUUUGUCUCCUCGCUAUUUCGACUCCCAAUGGGGAGAAAAUUUUCGUCAAAUUGAUGGGAAUAGAUCCAAUAAAAUUGAGAUUAGAAUAAGUAAUUCAAAUAACUUGGAGGUGGAGAAAGUCGGGAUUCAUUAUGAUUUUAUUAAUGAUGGGGCUAGGCCUUUUGGAGAAGGCUAUUCAAUUGACAAACUUCCUCCAUUGAUAAGCAAAUAUUUGGCUGUUCCACCUCUUGCUGCAACAACUGAAUCCCUUCCUGAGAGACCAGGGAUGCCAGAUUGUCCAUAUUUUCUGAAAACUCAAAGAUGCAAGUUUGGAUUGAGGUGUAAGUUUAAUCAUCCAAAAGAUAAAUUGGUGACUGAGGUUGCUCUAGAGAAUGCUGCCAUAUCUGCAUUACCUGAGAGGCCAUAUGAGCCCCCAUGUGCUUUCUAUAUGAAGACUGGAAAAUGUAAAUUUGGUCCAUCCUGCAACUUCAAUCACCCAAAAGAUAUUCAGAUACCUUCGCUUGGGCAAGAGAAUGGUAAUGUUGAACAGACUGAAUUAACAAUUAAGGCACUAGCAAUUGCAGAUGCAAUACUAGCUAAUAGUCUUGCUUCAUACACCCCGGCAUUAAUAUAUAACUCCAAGGGACUUCCUGUUAGACCGGGUGUAGCUGAUUGUCUUUUUGACCUCAAAACUGGCAGUUGCAAGUAUGGUGCCACUUGCCGCUACAACCAUCCUGACCGGCAUGCGAUUAAUCCACCUGCCGCUGCAUUAGGCCUUCCCAUUGUUGCCUCCCCAGCAACCAAUCUGAACAUUGGAGUUGUCAAUCCAGCAGCUUCUAUUUACCAGACUAUUGACCCUAGAUUGUCUCAGCCAACGGUAAAUUGGAAAUUGUUACUAUUGUUUGUCCCCUCUCCCCCCAAAAAAAAGGGUCUAUUAUUAGGUUUAGCUCUCUCUCUGCACUAGAAUGA